AUGCCGUUACGCUAUCUUAUUGACGAUGCCCACGCCGUCAAGCAGGCGAAGCUGGCAUUGGAAGCCGCCGGUUUGUUUAACAAAUUGGAGAAGAUCCAUAAGAACGACCACGGCCAGUUUGUGGUGCUGCUGACUCUGGACACCCCAAUCCUCGAUUUCCCUUAUGAAGAGUAUACAACCAAAAACAGCGAUAUCACGCCCAAAAUGCCUAAGAAAUACGCCGUGUAUCCUCCAAUGGUGCUUUUAUCCCACCCCCUCGAGUCUGACGACUUGUCCUGGCUUCCUUCCGGGUGUACUCACGUCGCCAUCAACCAGCCCAUCGACGACGAAAACAACGCCAUCCGCCGUCCCACCAACUUGAAACCGCUUGUGGGUGAUUUUGGCCCCGAACCAACCCCGCAAACCAUUGAAAACCCCACAUCCGACGACUUUAACCGAGCGUUUUGGUGCUCGGCCACCCAGAACCAAAUCUGGCAAACGUGGGCUCCCCGCCACACGAUGUUCUCCCGGGGUAAUAUCACGGAAAAGGCGAGAAUUUUACACCAGUUUGGUGACCUUUCCGGUACGGUGGUGGUCGAUUUAUAUUGUGGUAUUGGCUACUUUUCGCUUUCCUAUUUGAGGCUCGGCGCUACCAUCAUCGGCUGGGACAUCAACCCGUGGCUGAUUGAAGGUUUCCGCCGAGCUUUGGAGAAUGCCAACUACACCUAUAAAGUGAUUUACCCUGGUGACCCCUUCGACGCCUCAGAAAUUGACCCCCAUGGCACAAUUCGCGCCUUUCUCUUCCUUGAGUCUAACGAACACUGUCUCCAAAGAUUAGGCACUGGCAACGCCAAAUUGCCUAUAAGCCAUGUCAAUCUAGGUUUGUUGCCCCUGUCAAAACCGCUGUGGCCGAUUGCCCAUCAACUUGCCCUCAAUUCCACCUCAAACACCACCAAUAUCCAUGUCCACGAAAAUGUCCAUAAAGACGAUAUCGAAAGCCUAGGCCAAUCAGCGGCUAAAUCCCUCGCCGGCGCCUUAACCCAAACAACAAAAGUAAAGACGUUUGCCCCCGACGUGUGGCAUGUGGUCUACGAUAUCAGCCGUUAA